AUGCGCCGGACACUACGACUUUUGGCCAAUGUCAAGCCAGUGCGCUACCUGGAGGCGGGCAACCCGACGGGCCUGACAGGCCUGUACACGCACAGCUCGCCCCGCUCGUCGCUGCUCUUCCUCUACAGCAAAACCCUCGACAAACUCAAGGAAGCCCCCGAAUCCUCACUUUACCGCCAAUCCGUCGAGGCUGUCACCAAGCACCGCAUGGCCAUCGUCGCCGCUCAGGAGCCCCCGGGUUACAAGGAGUGGCAGGAGAAGGCCAAGAAGAUGCUCUCCGACCAGCCCGAAAGCUUCAAGCUCUCGUCCAAUGCGAAUAUCGACGGUGGCAAGUCCAAUAUCGUCUACCAGAACGGCCAGGCGUUCAUGAUCCGACACACGCCAUCUGAAAAGGACUCGCGGUACGAGGAAUGGGAUGGCGAGCUCGAUGAGGGUGGCGAGCUUGAGGGUCUGCGCUCAGAGGAAGAGCGUGAGGAUUUGGAGAAUUUGUUCAACAGACAGCCGCUGGAGCUUUCCGACAAGGUCAGAUGGGACCCGGAGCCACAGAUGACUGCCGACCAGGUUGAGGAGAUUGAGACGAAGAUUGGAGCUGGGCUCAUCGAGGAGAUCGUGCAAGUGGCCAAGAGCGAGCUGCAUCUCGCCAAUAUUAUGAUGCAGGCCAAGCCAUGGGAGAACUUGGAAGAGAAGCCGGUCGAGGGCCAGUGGACCUACUUCGACCGUAAUGCAGCAUAA